AUGGAACCUCAAAUGGAAAGUGAACCUUCGUCAUUAAGAAAUAAUCUUAUAACUGUUGAUCGACCGGACACUGCGCAGCUUGUUGAUCUUCAUGUUUAUGUUAUACCGACGAGCGUUUGGCAAGAACAGAAAAAUCUAGCGGAAAAUGAUGCAAUCGAACAAGCAAUAUCAGCUGGAUUUGUUCACGUUCCACAGAAUCUAACAAUUUACGAUCUUCGUCAACAUAUAACUGAUAUUUGCGGGCAAGAAGAUGGCUUUCCCAAAGAUUUUAUCUACUUAAGAAGCGUUGGUCGGUGCUUAGCAAAGGUUAGACCUCAGCAAGAACUCGAACUGAAAGUGAAGAACUAUCGACCACCGAUUACAUUUGCACCUGAAAUUUACGUUCUCGAAGGACAUCACGACGAUGAUUCGUCAUUGGCAACAACGACUGGUCGUCAAGAAAGCUGGACGAGAUCAUUUGGUGAAUCUCCAGCACCCGUAGCAACGCUGAACCCUUCAUUCAUUAAUUCCAGUAGUGAACAACAGAACUCAACAAUUCUCGAUCGAUCAGCCACUUCUUCAACUUCGACCCUCUCAAGAGCUUCGAGUACUCUCAGCGCAAGAGAUUUAGCGAAAUUACGUGAAGAACAAGAGCGUCUUCGUUUACGUCAAAUUGAAUUAGCUCGCCAACGACGUGAAAUCGAAGAAGAACAACAACGACGGAAAACAACCGAGAGCAGUCAAAGUGAUGACAGUAAACCGGAAACUAGAAGAGUUGAAUUAUCGACACGUGAUAUUGAAGCUGAAAAACUCAAAGCUGCGAAGGAGCAAGAAGAGCAGCAACGACGUCGACGGGAAUUGGAAGUCGAAGCACAAAAAAUAGCACUUCAACGUGAAGAACAAAAACAACGAGAAAAACAAGAAGAAGAAGCCGCUACACGUAUUCAAGCGAGUUUUCGUGGUUAUCAAAGUCGACAGAAAAGUAAAGAUAAAAAACGACACGAUCACGCCUAUGAUGCCGACAAUGAUAAACAGAGGUUAACGUCAAAUUUUGCUAAAUCUCGAGGAGUAUGGUCAGCAGAUUCCGAUCGGGAACGAAACCAAUCACCGAUUAAACAUAAAACUAUUCAUUCGUUACCAUUAGAGAGGAACGAAGCCCAGGAACUUGAACGUUUACAGAGAGAAGCACGCGAGUUAGCUCGCCGGAAGGCUGAAGAAGAUCAUGCUGAAGAAAUCAAAGCACAUGAGGUUGUUAGACUUUCGGAACAGCUGGAAAAACUGAAAUCCGAACGUAUUGAAUUGGAAAACAAUCGGGAAGCGAUCAUACGGCGAAUGCAACAAUUACACGCACAAAUUGUUGUGCGACGAACAGAAGAACGAGAUUUAUGGAAACAAAAAUAUCUGGUUCAGAAGAAAAAAACUGCUGAACUCGAAGAGAAAACACGAGCUGCAUCCCAAAAUCAACCAGAUUUAGCUUCUCGAACCGAACAAACUAAACUUCGCUUGAACCACAGUACCAAACUUCGUCAACAAGCUGAAAAUGAAUGUCAACUUUUAAAACAAGAGUUACACCAGAUGCGUUCCAGUCUGCAUAAUUUAGAAAAGCCUUCAAUACCAACAAAGUUACUUCCACCACCACCACCGCUACCACAACAACAACAACAGCAGAAUAUACCGAUCACAUUUGACAUUACUCUGAAAUAUUGA